GGAAUGUGGAAUGCAACAUGGCGUCAAAAAUGUCCUGAUGUUUUGACUUUCUUCGCGAAGUCUUCCGAGGAAGAUUUCUUUCGCGGUAAAUAAUGGUUAUUCUCACUUGAAAGGUAAAAGUUUUUAUUAUAUACACUAAAAUGGAUAGCUCAGAAUACGAACAUGUUAAAAACAUGACUCUUUUAUUCUUUUUUGAGAGACUGAUGGAUAAAGGAGGUCCUAGAACCCUACACGAUCUUAGCUGUCAAUUUGGAGCAAAAGGUUUUACUAGAGAAAUGAGACAAAUUGCUGGUGGUUCUCAAUCUGGUCUCAAGAAAUUCCUCGCUCAAUAUCCUUCUUUGUUUAUGGUUGAUGGUGAUUAUGUACAUGUCAAUUCUUUUAGUGCUUCAAAUAACCAAGCAGAAGAAAGCAACAGUAGCUUGGUCAAGUCAGGUUUCGGAAAACGUGAUUAUGUCAAAGAAGCGGUUGAAUAUUUUUCAGAAAAAUUAAGACAAUACGGAGUUGGAACUGAAGUACCAAUUAAAAGUUUAUUGGGACAUAGGUCACAGUCAUCUCCUGAAGUAAGACACAUUUCAGGACAGAACAUUAGGGAAUUCAGAGACUUCCUUUGUAGAUAUCCUGAUGCUUUCAUUGUCAAUGAAGACACAGUUAUUCUGAAGGAAUAUGAGGGGCAAGAACCUCAACCCUUUCAUGAACUGGAACAAGUGACUGUUGAUCCAGCUUUAACGUCGAGGUUCUUGGAUUUUUUUACACAAUGCAUAGAGGUGAAUGGCCCUGUAUUAGUAGAACAACUAUUUCAACAAGUGGUCUCUUGUUUCCCUGAAGAGCUCUGGUCUUGCAUAUUCAAAACGCCUCAAGAUGUGACUACGUUUUUAAAAAUGCACUCAAAUUAUUUCAUUGUACAAUCAAAUCUUGUUAAUUUGGCCCCAUCAAAACCGAUUACUGACAAUAACGUUAUGAAUAGAUACCAAAACAAGAAUAAUGAUAAUAAAUCAGAUGUUAGCAACAAUAUUACUAAUAAUGUCACAGCAACACGUAAUAUUGUUAAUAAUGUACAGAAUACAAUCACAUUGAAUCAAUCAAAUGAUGAAAUAAUACAACAGUCAACUAGUCCUCAAGUGAUUUUGCAAAAUCAAACACUGAAGCAGAGAAUCAACUCUUUGGUUAUGAAAACGCUAGCUGACAACACUGAGAAAGACAGGAAUCUUGUAGCUUCGAAUGUGGUGAAUGGAAUGAAUGUUACUGAGAAUUGGAAAGCUAAAGUAUUGAGCUCGACAAGAGUGGUUGUGAAUGUGAAGGAGGGCGCUCAAAUAGUGGAUGAAAUCAUGAGUCAAGGAGAAGCGGUGGUGUCUUUCGAUUGCGAAGGAAUCAAUUUGGGAACCAAAGGCCAGUUGACCUUGUUCCAGGUGGCAACUAUGCGUGGCCAAGCUUACAUCUUUGAUCUCAUCACCAGUCCACUGCUGGUCACCGCCGGUGGACUCAAACGGCUACUAGAAGCUGAAAAUGUUGUAAAGGUGAUUCAUGAUUGUAGGAAUGACAGCUACAAUUUAUAUCAGCAAUUCGGUAUAACUUUGCGGAAUGUCUUUGAUACACAGGCUGCCUAUGCUGUGAUUCAACUGCAACAAACCGGCCAGCCGGUGUACAAGGCGAAAAAUGUCGUCCUAAACACGCUGUGCGAAUUGUACAAAGCACCCGUGAAUCCGUUGAAAGAGCAACUGAAGAACAUCUAUCGCAAAGACCAGCGUUAUUGGUCGCGAAGGCCGCUAUCAAGGGAAAUGAUGAUCUACGCCUCCGCUGAUAUCCUAUCAUUAGUGCCACAAGUUUAUACUGCAAUGCAAAAACAAAUCAGACCAGACCUGGAAUCUCUGAUGGCUGAACUGUGCGAAGAGCAAAUUUAUCUACACAUUCAGCCAGCUGAGAUCAAACAUCGCAAGAAACAGCGGAAGGUUGAGAGCGAAGUGUCUGAUCUGAAGGCGAAACUGGCUUCUUCCGCGCAGACGGGUCGCAAUAUAGUUCUUAGCAAUCGCGAAAUCAAAUUGCUCAGGCAUCUAGAUUUGACUGAUGAGGAGAAGGAAAAGCUGAAAGGCUCUUACAAGGUUGCUCGCAGGCUAGAGAAAUUGGAAGGAAAAAAUAAGGAUGGAGAAGAAGGAGAUUGCGAGUUUCUGAGUUUGGAUAGUUUCAAUAGUGGAAAAUCAACUCCUUCCGACAACUCAUUAUCUGGCGACGUAGCCAGCCCUAACUCAGGUCCACCUAGCCUGACCGAAUCGAUGCAGUUGAUUGACGAAAUCCUGUCUGACGCGGCCAUGAACCGACUGGACAAGAUGGAGCGACUCGAAUCGCUGCUCACUGCGGCCACGGCAGAACUGCAUCCCCCCUCCCACACCUACUCCCCUUGCUCGUGCACCUGUCACCACAAUGGCGGUCUAGCAAAUGAGACGCCGCGCGGCGAGAACGCCACUCAAACUCUGUCGACGGGUGACAUUGUUAUAACGCGCAUCUUCUCUACUGAAGAGGAUAAGCUCAAGGAGAAGACCAUCACUGUUUCCAAAAAGUAGGUGGUUUUUCAAGAAUUAUCUGAAAGAGUAGGAUGUCACUGCUUGGGAAAGGUAGAUGGUUCUUUUUUAAAAUUAAUUCAGGGAGAAAACUGUCACUGUUUAAUAAAGGUAGAUGAUUCUUUGACGAGAUUGGGGCCAUUUCCUUAAAAUCAGGCAACAAUAAUCAGUUUCUUCACUUUAGAAAUCGUGACCUGUUUUAUAAAAAUUACAAUGCUGGGUUCUGUGUUGACCCUAGUAACAUCAGUUUUAAUCCGUGCUAAUGCUAAGCCCAAUGCUGAGUAGGUAUUAUCAGCUGGUUAUUCGAAGAUAAUUAUGUUGCAAUCUAACAUUUAUUUAUGAGAAUUCGUUUUUAUGCCGCAUUCACACUAUUGCCCAAUGCGUACGAAUGACGACGAGCGCAAGAGUGUAAAUGGUUGCUUUGCCAGCGCUUGCCUUCACUAGCCUUCGCUUGUCAUCGCUCUGAUGUUUGUGACGUGGCAAGCCACUUGUCAGUGACCUGGCGAUAGUGUAGACUAGGCAUAAGGGUUGAUUACACGUGGCAAGUUUACUAGCUACUAGCCAGCAAGUCUAAGAGUGCGCUAGUUGACGAUUACUCGUAGCUUGUAACUCGCUAAUGGCCAUAUGCACCAUCUAUGUUUAACGCUGAACCACGUUUACUUGUAGAUAUGGUUGCAUUCAUCAUAUAAUGUAUUUAAUUCGGGGUUUAAACGAACAGCUGACAUUUUCCCGUUCAAACCGAGUAUCUGCAUAUAGACCUAAGGCGCUCACUCUCCUAAUCCACGUUUUCACUUGAUGUGGCAACUGCCUUUACACACGGCUAGUUUACUAGCUAUCUCGCUCAAACGCCGGCCGGCGCUUAGCGAGUAAAGUUGACCAGUCUAAAACUUCCCAGCUUGGUACUUUUAUCACAGUGAAGAGUAGGAGCAGAUCCAACUUUGUCAUUUAUAAUAAUACAUUUUUGAACAGUCAACAACAAUAGUUAUUGACUGCAAUAGUGAUAUGCCCAAUUCAAUUUUAUUUCAAUUUAUAACAAGGAUCUUAUAAUAGAAAAUGUAUACCACGUUUCGAAUUUGGUCAAAUAUUUUAAGGUUUAAGGUUCCUCAAGCUUUACUCAAUAGUAGGACGAAAUAUCUUGCCUAGGUGUAUUCCUACUAGAUGUUCUUCAUAAACGUAUCUCUGCACUAAUAUUUUUCUUGCUCCUCUGUGAUAACAUCCUUACCGUGCAAUCACACGAUACACUCUUUUAAUAAUAUCACAUACAACAUACUUGGCUAGAUCAGAACCAGCCAAGAAUAAAACUCACACGACUAUAACAUUCUGUGAUUCCAAAUUUGUAUUGGUUGAACCCAUUUAGUAUUGAUAGACUUGUAAAUUUAACUGUGCUUGAUGAUUUCAACUUUGGUUUUUCCUUCAUUCAUAACUUGAAUCACAAUUUUUAUAACAUGAAUGAGAUCUAGUAAAUACUGUAAACCUAUAUCUUAUAUGGACUUCCUAAAAACGUUAUUAAACAUAGUCAAUAUGAAGAUGAAACUAAAUCUAUUGUAAAUAUGAAUUUUUAAUGAAAUAUUUUACUUAUUUUAAGAUCGUAAAAUUCGUAUUUAAAAUUACGUCAAAAAUUAUAGCUAGCCUACCAAGAUGAUAUUAUUUUUAUUUCUAAAUAUUUAUUGUUGAUUUCAAUGAUGUAUUGUUAUUUUCCAGUAUUUGUGCUAUUUAUGUGAAUUCUGUGUUGAAUAUCGAGAGGUGCGUUCUAGUUUAUGCGUAAUGAUUCGACAGCUACGGAAGAAUACUUACUAAGGCUUUUAUGGGAGUCUUCACACGUUCGCAGCCUGCAAAAGUGUAAACAUACCCAUAAGCGCCAAAAUGUAUUUUUUCGAAUCAUUACGCAUAAACAAAACCCUCCUUUAUACCAUGCAUAGUAUUAAGGUACUGUAUUCAGUCUAAAACAAUUAACUAUUAGCCUAAAUGUUAUUUACAUAUUUUAUGAUAAGUAAAACUAUGCUCUACAAUAAUGCUUUCACUAUCCCGUCCGUUAGUUUAUAAAAUCUUGAAAUUUAUUACAUAAUAAUAUACAAUUGCAAUAUAAAAAAAACUUUGUAAGAUUAGUGAAGAGUGCAAAAUUGAUAUAUUUGACAACUUAGUGGAUAUUUGGAGUAUUUUUAUACUGAUAUUAUUUUCAACUUGGUGAUAAUGAGAUUAUAGUGCUCAUGCUCAGUCAAGUUUUAUUCAUGAUAAUUUUCAAUUGGCUAGUGAGUUUAAUUGGCUAGUGUUGAGUUUAAUUUAUAACUUACAGUAUUUAUAAAACUGUAUAAUUUUGGAUGGCGGUUUGUAUUAAAAUGAUAGUAUUAUUAUAUUAAGGCUGAUCAAGAUGAUUAUUGAUUCACUAUUCAUAUUAUUUUUCAUCUCAUCCAAUAGUUUGACAAGCUUAUCAAUUUUACCAAUAAUUGAACCAGUUAUUUUUAAUUACAGUUUUUAUUUAUAAAUUAUAAGUUGAAAUUAUUUCAAUUUUCGCAGUAGUUGUUUAUAAAAACUAACUCAUACUUCCAUUUGUCUAUUACAGAGAAAAAUGUAAUGUAGCCUACUGUAUCAACACUAGUCGAGUUGUAGCCUUCAGUUUUUAAUGUACCGUAUCAUAUUACAAUGAUAAUUAAUUUUAUGAUAUAAAAUCAAAAAGAAUAAGAGAAAUAUUGAGGGAAUAAUGUAUUGAUUCAUUAAAUUUUAUUGCCAUCUUUAGUUAUAUUGUAACGACUUUUACAGUUGAAUUAAUUUGUAAAAACUAAUAUUCUAUCUAACACUUGAUGUAUUUUAUAGAAUAUAUAUGAUACAUUUAAACAAUGGGUCUUUUGAACAGGUCAAAACUUUAUUCAUUCAUUAAUAGAAUUCAUUUCAUUAUUGAAAUUUAUUUUAUACUUGUGGGGCGACCUUUUUGGCCAAUGCUUGAUCACUAAACUUUCCUUGUUUUUGUUCAGCAAAAAUGUUGUGAAUGGUUCAGUUAGAGCUUUUAAUUGCGGUUAGGAGAAAAACAGUUUCGAUUUGAAACAUAUAUCUUGAAUAUUUAGGCUAUACUUUCUAAAGAAACAUGCAUAGUAUUCAUUUUAAAGUUGGCGUUUGAAUAACACAGUAUUUAUUCUAUUGUAAAGUUGGUCAUUGCUCAUGGAAGUGAUCUUAGCUCAACUUAGAUACAAUAAAGUUUCUUUAGUGCUCAUAAAUUAUUCUUGGAAAAAUUGCAGGCCAAAUGUUGUUGUUAUUCCUUUGCUGGUCAUUUUGUUCAUUAUGAUGCCUCUGGUUUAAAAUCUACCCUCACUUGAUAAUUCCUCAUAGCUUUUGCCUUCACUUCAAAUAAAUAAAUAUAUAGUCACCUCAUCAAUAGAUCCUCUGUUACGAUCAUUAUUUCUACUCUAUUGAUGCAAUAACCGUUGUGUAUUAAUUUUAAACUUUCGGAGAACUGAAAAUCUAUUUUCAAACAGCAUAUAUUUUUUUCUGCUCCAAGUAUGUUAUAAAUUGGAACCCAUAACAUAAUAAGUUUAGAUUAAGGAAUGUAAGAUCUUCUAUUUGAGUUUCCUGUGACAGUGACUAGGACGUGUUCGCUUAUUUGUUGACUUUAGCAUGUAAAGAAUGCUCAACGGGUUCUGAUUUUGAAUGAAAUGAAUUUUUAUAAAUGUAAAUACAAAUAUCAGCAUCGACUGUAAAUUUGCCAUAUAAUUUA